AAUCUUGGCUUCAGUGCGCAGUUGCAGCCCCAGGCAGGCGGGCGUGCGCAUUUCCGCUCACAACUCUUUUGCGGUCAAGUGGAGUGAGGCAGGGACCGGGUUGAGGAUGAUGCCGUUGCCGGCUCAUAGGGCCUCCCCGUCGGCCUUGAGUCUUCAGCCAGCAGCUCUCUUGUGGCUGAUACGGGUGUAAAAUGCAGCAGGUCACACUGGCAGCGCUGGUCGGCCUAGCUGAGCCUGGCUGCUCGCCUCCGCCGCUCCCAUUUCAGCUCCAGUAAUACUCCCCUUUAAAAUAUAUAUAUAUUAUCGGGGCUUUAUUGUUUUCAGAUCAAAAAUUUCCCUAGCGGCUCGUUUGGACUAAAAAUGGCCGGAGAUGGCGGCGCUCUAAAGGAUAUCAAUGAGAUUAAGUCGCAGUUCCGGACCAGAGAGGGCUUCUACAAGCUGCUCACCCUCUCCGACUCACAGCAGCGGAGCGGGCUGCCAAGGGGUUCAUCCGCCGGAGCCACGCUGGGCCCCGCGGCUGGAGCCGGCCCGAUUCCCAGCGCAGGGGUCGGGCUGCUGCAGGGGCCCGGAGCCGCCGCUGCAGCCGCUGCCGUCGCCUCCUCGACGAAUGCCGCAGCCAACUCCUCCCCGGCGGGUUUUCUGCCGCCGGUGCGGGUCUCCAUGGUCAAGCUCCAACCCGAAGACCCAGGCGAGGAGUCGGAGCGGGUGUGCUUUAAUAUCGGCAGGGAGCUUUAUUUCUACACGUACACUAAUAUCAAGAAGGCAGUGGACCUGAGCAAGCCCAUCGACAAGAGGAUUUACAAGGGCACGCAGCCCACAUGUCAUGACUUCAACCAGUACUCGGCUUCAGCUGACAGCGUGGCACUCAUCGUUGGCUUCUCGGCUGGGCAGGUGCAGUACUUGGACCCCAUCAAGAAGGAGACCAGCAAGCUCUUCAAUGAAGAGCGUCUUAUCGACAAAUCCAAGGUGACGUGUCUGAAAUGGCUCCCCAAGUCUGAGAACCUGUUCCUGGCCUCUCACGCCAGCGGCCACCUGUACCUCUACAACGUGGAGCACUCGUGCGGCACGGCUGCCCCUCAGUACUUGCUUCUGCGCCAAGGCGAGGGCUUUGCCGUGUACGCCUGCAAGACCAAGACACCCCGAAACCCUCUUCUACGCUGGGCCGUGGGCGAGGGCGGCCUCAAUGAGUUCUCCUUCUCGCCCGACGGGGUCCACGUGGCUUGCGUGGGCCAGGACGGCUGCCUGCGGGUCUUUCAUUUCGACUCCAUGGAGCUCCAGGGUGUGAUGAGGAGUUAUUUCGGAGGCCUGUUGUGCGUCUCGUGGAGCCCAGAUGGCAAGUACCUGGCCACGGGAGGCGAGGAUGACUUGGUCACUGUGUGGUCCUUCGCUGAGAGCCGAGUGGUGGCCCGCGGGCACGGACACAAAUCCUGGGUCAACGUGGUGGCAUUUGACCCUUUCACCACCUCCCUGGAGGACGAGGAGCCUAUGGAACUCAGUGGGAGUGAGGAGGACCUCCACCAGGGUGGGGUGCCCAACAACACCGCCCCACACUUUGGGCGGGUGCGCACCAGCAGCACCUUGUCACGGCUCUCCCGGCACAGCUCCAAGGGCGGCGGCUCAGCAGCCGUCACCUACCGAUUUGGAUCCGUCGGGCAGGACACGCAGUUUUGCCUGUGGGACCUCACAGACGACAUUCUGUACCCUCGCCUGCCGCUUUCCCGCGCUUUUACCAAUACUUUUGGACCCACAUUGCCCACCUCUGGGGGUGGUGGAGUGGAGGGCCACCACCACCCGCCUGUUGUUGGCACUUCCAACCCUCCUACGCUGCCUCUCCCGCUCCCUCGGUCCCUCUCCCGUUCCAAUUCACUUCCCCACCCAGCAGUCGCAAACACCUCCAAGAGCCAGGGCACCACAGAGGGCGGUACUGGGGUAACAGGAAGCGGCACCGGUACGGUGGGUAGCGGCCCAGGUAACGCGGCGCCGUUCAGCAUCGGUCGCUUUGCCACGCUUUCCCUUCAGGAGCGCAAGUCGGACAAGUCAGUGGUGGGGGGCGGGGUGGAGAAAGAACACAAGCGCUACCACAGCCUGGGUAAUAUCAGCAAGAGUAACGAUAAGAUCAACGUGGCACCGCGGGGUAGCGGUCGCCUUGACGCCGCCAAGGUGCUGGGCACCACGCUGUGCCCGCGCAUGCACGAGGUGCCACUCCUGGAGCCGCUGGUAUGCAAGAAGAUCGCCCACGAGAGACUCACCGUGCUCGUCUUUAUGGACGACUGCAUCAUCACGGCGUGCCAGGAGGGGCUCAUCUGCACCUGGGCCAGGCCCGGCAAAGCGAACUUAACAGCACAGAAUGGAAACUCUCCAAGUGGCACGGUGGUAUAGCUGCACCUUCAUCCCUCUACCCAUCAUCCCAAAAUGGAGGGCAACCGUCAAGACCAGACCACCUCACUGAUGCAGUAUUAAACCCUCCGCUCAUCCUGCAGGAGCCACGGACAGCUGUAUUUAAGUAAUUUAUUUUAUCAUGAGACUGUGUUGUAAUUUAUACUGUAAAUAGUAAAGUACUCUAACGGCAAGGAGGCUCUACGGGAAGCAAUUGAACACAUGGCACCGCACUGAAUGUCUUUUAGGGAAUUGUGUCAUGACGUCACCGUCUCUUUUAAAUUCACGCCGGUUGCUCUUGAAGCGCUUCGACGGGUUUUGAAAGUGACGUGUCACUCUCGGGUCCAAGUCACAUGGCCACACGCACACACCCACAGUCUCUGGCGGUGUAGCAUCAUACUGUAUGUAUGACCGACUCAUUCGUGUUGCACUAGCAAGUGUUGCACAAUACUAUGGGGAUGAAGAUGAGAAAAAACUAUUGAAGAAUAAUUCAAUCUUGAAAUUAAAAUCAUUCGGGAGGAGCUUCUAGGGAAAAGAAUCUUUUCGGAAGGUCAUUUCUCAAGUUUUAUUUCUGCAAAGAAAAUAAUGCAAGUCUUGAAACUGAAAUAGAUGAGUUUUAAAAGUAAUAAAUAUACAAGCUUCUUUGAAAAAUUCACAAAUGUUCAAGAAAACUUGCCUUAUUUCCCUAAUUUAAGCAUUGUUGGGGGAUACUGGCAUAAUUUACGGGAAAAAUACACAAUUUCUAAAGACUAAUUUUAAAUCUUCAAUAGUUAAAAAAGUAUGUUUGAGAGAAUAGCAGAUUUGUAUUUUUCUUUAAGAAAACUGAAUCUCAAAGUGGAUUUUUGUGAAAAUAGUUUCUUUUCAAGUAAAAUGCAAAUUGUGGGACAGGAAAAAGACAUUUUUCAACAGUGUCACUAUUCUGUUGACACAUUUUGCUUGUUUUUCUUGUAAUAUUAUGCCUUUAUUCUUGUAGUAUGUCAUAUUUUUUCUUUCCAGUGUGGCGCCAAUCCUUUUUGGUAAUGUUGCACGUGAAUUGCCUCUCGCAAUAAUUUGCACACACAAAAACAAUUCACGGUUCCUCCACGCACUGCUUGGUGGACUUCAGUCAAAACAUAUGUAACAGAUAAAUCCCACACUUCUUUAAAGUGUCCUGUGACUCUUAUGCUUUGCAGCGACAAUAAAGACGAGCCAAGUA